AUGGAGGAAUACAACGAUGCAGUUCAGAGGGCUGCAAGACUUUCAGCGGCAAGGGAAAGUUUCCUGACAGGAAAGAAAAAUCCGGUGAAUGUAGUGACACAGGAAGAUCUGAUGAUUUACACCCGGUGGUUAGUGUGUCACCUGCACUCUCUGAAGGGCAUUCACCAUUUUCUCCAGGUCUCGGACGUAGAGAGGGUGAUGGAGAGUCUCCAGGAACACAUGGCAGCGGUGUUCGAACCACAUCCUGUGCGGUCAAGUUCUACCACUUCUUCUCAUGCCUGUGGACAGCAGAGCUACAAUCAUGUCUGGAAGGAGAUCUAUGCCUGCACUGAGUUCCUCCAGGAACUAACUAUCGAGGAUGAUAACACAGCUGUGGCUCACAGUGGGAAGGAUGUAGGAAAUAUCAGCUCCGGUAAGCCUCCGGCAUCCUUCAGAAAGAAGAAUGAAAGAGGGUAUAGUUAUAUGGGCAGCUUGCAGCUGCUAGGAUUAGAAGAGGGCACAGCGACCGCCCACAGGGAGCACAUGGUGAGGAGAGGAGCCUACUUGUCCCUUCUUUUCUUACGUCACCUGAGACUCCGGGAGCUAAAGCGAGUGUGCCUGGGGAUCCUUAACUACUUCAGGUCUGUGGAGAGAAGCCUGACCAUCAGUACCGCCGGCCUCUCCUUCAAGGCGGGUCACCUAAUUCCCAGUGCAGAAGACACCUCCUGGGUCAGUGCUGCCAAAGGAGGCACUGGUGGUUUUGGUGGCCUGAGUUCACAGCCAUAUAUUCACUACACACCAGCUGACUACAAGGUCCACAGUGCUCAUUUCAUGGAGUUUGCAGAGGUGGAAAACCACGACGACUUUCACACUAAUGAAGAUGGAUGCAUUCACACACAGGACCAGCGAGGGGCUUACAUAAUAUAUGACGUGGCUUUAGAGGACCUGAAGGAGCUUGAGAACCAGCUGCUGCUUGUGGCCAGCCAGUACAUUGAGAAAGAUAAAAGCAAUGUAACUGGUGAGCAAUUCAGCAGCAGCAACAUCCUUGGCUGGGCACAUGCCUCUGUGGAUCGAUGUGCUGUGCUGCUUGACCUCUGGACCUAUGAAACUGCUCUCUUGGAAAAAAAAUGCCAGCUUCUAGAUGUUUACUUUGAAGCUUACCAACAUACUUUGGACCCAGAGGAAAGAUUUGCUUUGGCCCAAGUGAUAACUGACAUCAUGCAUAAACGUCCAAGGUUUGAUCUCAAGCUUGAAUAUUUUGUCAAUACCUACAAGGAUGAAUGCAUCUGUUUGCAACUUCACCUCCAACUGCUGAGGGACAUAGUAAACCAACAAAUAGAUGCCCAGAGGGAAUACGUCCACAAGAUUUGGUGGGAAGGUCAGAGAGGUGGCAUCAGUGAAUUUGGACUUCCUUAUAAUGUAAUUACUAAGCAGCUUAUCUCUCUUAACACUAGCCAUCCUACUUUGAAGAACAUUUAUUUGCUGGAGUUUCACCCUUCUCUUGGUCUGGUGUGCUUGAUCCCCAAAGCUCUUGAGUAUAUCUACUAGGAAUUCUACAGCAUCUGCAGACCAAAAACAGCCAGUAAAGCAAGUAAUCUAGAAAAACAAGUACUUCAGCUAGUAGUUGAUGAAUGGCUAACUAUGGAAAAACCAGAAACUUUUUACAGCUCUCAGAUUCAAAAAGAUUUAUUUGCCGGGGUACUGAUAGAAGACCCUGUCCUGGUGCAAGAGAUUGCUCUGUCACUAUUAGAGGCGGGAGCAGAUGAAGAAAAAAAGACAGGCAGCGAAAAACAGCUCUUUAUCCUGGACUCCUUCUCCACAAUCCUGGAGCUUGCCACGCUCCGCCAUCGGCUAAUAGAGGUGGCGACAGAGAGUGCACGGCUAGCCAGGUUUUAUAAGGCUUUUGCAAUGGAAGCAGGUUUUGGGGAGUUCCGUUUGUACCUGAGGCCCAUGCACUUCGAAUCUGCAUCUCACAGGGAGAAAGCAGACCACCUCCCACUAAUAUUCAUUACAUCUCUCCUGGAAGAUGACAGCUGUGUUGACAGAUAUAUUCCAUCUAGCUUACCAUUAAGCAUUCAAGAAAUUGACAGUCAUAUUGGAAAGCUUAGUUUCCGUACAAGAGAUGGUGUUAUGCGGCUCUUGUGUCCCUCUGGAAUAAGGAACACGCAACUUAUCCUGGCCUGUCAGGUCAUUCAGAAAAAUGCUCUUUUGGUGGCUGUUCAGCAAUCCUCCUUUUGUUACUUGGUCCAGCCUCCCCAUGCCCCGGACAUAAAGGUUAGCAGCAUCUUCUUCCUCACGUUGCACUAG